AUGGAAUCCCUCGCUUUGCCUGCCCCAUCGACCAUGCCUCGACCAAAACCACAGACGAUGAUGCAUAUUCUUCCAUCCCCGGUGAGGCCAAGGACAGAUCAAGACUGGGAAGCAUGGCGUCCGCAGAUAGAGUGUUACUAUCAAGACCAAGACUGUGAGCUCAACGAACUGAUUACCAAGAUGAAGGGGCUAGGUUUGUUGGGAACACGCAAGCAAUACAUGAACCGCCUUAAACGGUGGGGAGUCCUCAAGAACAUCAAAGCAGAAGAGUACGAGGCGAUUGUACAGAUCCGAGCCAGGCGGCAGGCUUUGGGGAAGCAGACUGCCUUCGUGGUGAGAAAAAGACCUGUUUCCAAGUCCAAGAUUGAUCGAUAUGUCAGGAGGUCGAGGAAUCGCAGGACGAAGCCCAUCAGGCCAGCUAAAAACGCAAGCACCCCAUCAGAUGUCGAGUUUUGGACUCCUCCACUAUCGCGUGUAUCAACACCAAGUCCUGCCAGUCUUUCACCCACUGUCGUGUAUGGCGUUGCUCCAGAAUCGAGUACACAAGUGGCGUCUCAAUCUGUUUAUUCCGACACACACAACGUUGAACAGAUUGGCUCUUCAUCUGCUCUCAUUGCCUCACCGUCAGAAAACAAUACGAAUCUCAGUUUGGUUGCCGCCAGGAAACCUCUUAGAGUCGCAUGCCGACGACACAGCAUAGAAUGUCCCAACCUUUCGCAAUCUCCCAUCCUACCACCACCCUCAGCAACCCCCAUGUACAUCAACAUCGGCCUCCCCGACACCCACAGACACACCCAGGGGAUCCUCCGCUCCAUCACCGAGACCAUCGACCGCAUGACCCUCCCGACGCCCGUGUGCGACUGCGGCAUCACCCCCGUCCCGGACGCGACGGGCUUCAACAAGGUCGGCUCGCCCGAGUGCUGCCGGCACGUGGGCGACAGCACGGCGGUGCCGGAGCGGGCCGACGAGUUCUUCCGGCUGCUGUUCAGGGCGCUGGCGCUGCUGGCCGCCGACGAGCACAGCGUCGAGGCCCUCCGCUUCGUCGACGCCUGCCUGGCCUGGCAGUUCCGCAGCAAGCGCUACGCCCUCUUCCGCCUCGGCAUGAUGUGCAUGAUGCAGGCCUACCUGCAGUUCCACGGCCGCCGCGGCAGCGCCAGGAUGCUCGCCAUGAUCGCCGGCUUCACGAGGCAGCUCACGGCCACGAUGCUGGGCGAUGACGCCAACCAUCCCGUCGUUCGUACCCUCGCCACCAUGAAGGACUCGCUCACCUCGGGUAGCUUCAUACACCCCGAGGCGAUAAACCAAGCAUACGUCGUUCUUGCGGACGUGCUGUGGCGGGACUCCAAGCAUCGCUGGAGGUGGGGUCUCGGAUCGUUGACUUACCGGAUGGGGUAUAUGAACACGGACACGGCGCUCACUGCUGAAAUGCGGCAGCAUCGUCUUGCCAUCUUGCAAGGUGCUGCUGCGUCAUUAAAGGGCUUCAGCAACAGCGACGAGCGACCUCCAGAAGCCCUUGUCCCAGCGUAUCUGGACAUUGCCGCCGGCAUGGUCAGCCUCAAGCAGUUAGACCUGGCCGAGGCUCUUAUAUCCCCGAUCCAGAUACCCAAACAUGUCCCAAUGGACUUUCAUGCACAGUCUUGGUGCGUCAUGGCGCAUAUCUCAGAAUACAGAGGGCGGUAUGUGGAGGCUGUGGGGUUGCUCGGAAGGGUCACUGAGGGUGCAGAGCCUUAUUUACUUUCUCAUCUUCUGCGACAUCAAGCAUUGCUUUAUACCAGGAUGGGAAAUCCUACAGAGGCGGACCACCUGAGGAAGCAGGCGGCUCGGCUGGCAUUGGUGGUGGAGCAGAAUACAAUGUUGCGUGUGGCACAAGAUGUGGUAUGA